GGGCUGUAAAUGUAUGCGUGAUGAGUCGGGUCGAUCUGUCAUACUGGGCUUGCAGUUCGGUUAUUUUGCGUGCCCUCAGCUCAGACUUCAAGGGAUAACUUUGCUCAAAUGAGCUGUGCUUAGAUUCGUAGUGGCGCUUCACGUUGCCACUUUUAAUUAGUGCCACGCUUUCGGAGCAGAUGAGGCACACUGGUUUGGAGCUGCUUGCAGGAAGAAUGAACAAAAAUUUCUCUGUCCAUUCCUCUUUGAAACAACGGUUUUCCGCAUCAACUUUGCGUCUUUUGGAGCAAGCCAUGCUCUCAUCUGUCUCUUCCUCUCUGCUGUGGUGCACUGAGAGCGCAAGGUCAAGGCAGCGGCAGCACGCUCGAACGCUCUCCACCCCCGCUCUCACCCCCACCCCCACACUAUACACUGCCCGCGUGUCGCCUGCUGGCUGCCACCGUCCACCACCUCGUCACCAUGGUGAAAGGUGCAUGCCACCCAGAUACCCACCACGCCCUUUGGUCAUACCUGCCACCCUGCAUAUUAGCUUGACCUUCCUACUGCAGGAAAUUGAGAGUGUUCACGCUCUCACUGGCCUGUUGACACCCGCCAGCGUUGCACGGCGCCCCGCCACCCGCCACACCCUCCCUCCCCGCUGUCACCCGGCCGCAGAUUGGUCACGGGUCCGGACAGAACCAUCGCUCGGUCCGGAUCCGGACCGGGGUCCGCCAUUUGGUGAUGCCUGCUCUAGGAGAAGCGUAGUUGGUUUGGCUGCACUUCUGUUUUGCGACCAUCCUGUCUUGUGGCAGCAAAGCGUGGGAGAGACGCGGCAUUGUCUUGUCCUGUUUUGUCUUGUGGUGGCCGUAGUCACCAGUGUGUUUUGCUACGGCGCAGUGGUGGGCAAGCCUAAUCAGACCCCCCCUGUGGUGCCACCCCACCCCAUCCCUGCUGUUGAUCCUGCCUUCACGAGGGUCUUGAUUGAUAUAGUAGGUCCUCUGCCUAUUACAAUGGCUGGUCACAAUCAAUGGAGUUCCCCAGUCACCCUGCAGCCUAAGCCUGAUGGCAAGCUCAGGUUUUGUAUUGACUUCAGGCGGGUUAAUGCUCUAACAAAAGUAGACACUUAUCCCUUGCCCCGUGUAGAUGACUCUGUGGACGGAAUUGGGUCAGCUAAUUUUACCACCAAAGUGGACCUUGUCAAAGGGUACUGGCAGGUCCCUUUGAAGGAGCGGGCUAAGGAGAUAGCGAGUUUUCUGACCAACGGCGCUGUCUAUCAGUGCCAAGUGAUACCUUAUGGGCUGCGAAAUGCCCCAGCCACAUUUCAACGUCUCAUGGACGGAGUUACUGAUGGUCUGACUCACUGA